CCGACUACACCUCUGUCGCUCGCAAAAAUGGAGCAAAAAAUGGAACCGCUCAAUCUGAAGACGGCCUCAACGUAUAUCAACAACUUAUUGCUUGCACGGGGACUACUGCGCGAUGGCAAGCCGAUCGAAUUUGCGCAUCCAUCGCGCGGAGAGGGCGGAAAGGAGGCAACAAUGGCGCACAUCAUCAACUUGGUGCACGACCUGAUACUGAAACGAGAUCGCGACCAAGCACACCGCGAAUCCCUAGCGAGUACCCUCCGCGCCCUUCGCAGCGAAAGCACCCGCCAGACGUCCGCUCUCGAGAAGCUCCAAACUCGCAAUGAAGACCUUGCGCGCCAGCUCUCCCUCGCCCAAUCCCAAGAACGAUCUGCCCGCGCUGCUCUACGAACCGCCGAAUCAUCCGCGCGAAGCUUGCGCGAAGAAAUGCUCCGGCUGAAGACAACUGUCCAGCAAGUGCGCACGAGCUGCGCGAAUGACAUACGGAAGCGCGACAUUCAGAUACAAAGGCUGAAAAAUCAUUUGACGGGCCAGCAGCGCGGGAACAGAAGUGGUCUUGUAGGAGCUAGCAUCACAAUCAAUCCGGGAACUAUGACCAUGAACGGGAUGGGCACCUCUCGGGACGAUGCUUUGGAUGUGGACGACCCCGAAUACAAUCUGAGUCAGGACACGACCGAAUUCUUGACAAAGCUAAGUCAAAGCUUGAGCGACGAGAAUGACAACCUCAUCGGUCUAGUGAGAAGCACACUUGUGACACUGAAAGAGCUUCAGGGGUUGCCCAUUGGGCCAAGACGAGACGAAAACGGGGAUCUUUCCACCGUUGGAGAGGAGGAGGAAACGGUCAGACAGAAUAUGAUGCAUGGACUACCCACAAGCUACGAGAGUCUGGCUGCUGAUAUGGACACUGUCCUGGAAAAGCUCAAAACGCUUCUUACAAACCCGAACUUCGUUUCUGUUGAGGAGGUAGAGACGAGAGAGGAAGAGAUAGCGAAGUUGAGGGCAGGGUGGGAUCGGAUGGAGUCGAGGUGGAGGGACACACUCGCACUCAUGGACGGCUGGCGAAGGAAAAUGGCCGGCGGGAACACCAUAGACCUGGAGGAGUUGAAGCUGGGCCUAGGACUUGGUGCUGACCUGGGAACGGUGACUGACGCGGAAGUGUCCGUGAUUUCCGAAGAUGAUGACGACGAGGCCAGCUCUGAGUUGGACGAGGAUAUUGAUGAAGAGGUGGAGGUGGAAGAGCCCCUCCCAGCCGAGGCGAACCAAGUGCCGGCGAAAAAUCCUCGCACGGAUAUGUUCACUUUGAAGCUGCAACAUGACCGGCCGGUGCUUAAAGAAGCGAAUAUCAACAAGUCGCAUUUGAAAUCACCGAGAAAGGUUGCUUUCUCCGCGUCGAUUCCCAACACACCAUCAGAGGCCGGGAACGAGAACGCCAAAGAGAUACCUUCGAAAGAAGACCGUGUCGGUUCGAUAAAACGCACGCAUAUGGCACCUUCAGCUACAUCCUCACCCUUGGAUGAGCGAACGUCCCGGCCUGCAAGCCAGGAAUCGCGAAUCCCCCGCCAUGCUAGGAAACGACUCUCGAGCCCACAUGCUCACCCUGACGAACGGUCCCCCAAACUCACAGUGAAUGACAAGCUCAAAGCUGCCGAGGCGGAAGCAGCUGCCGCUGCGGAAGAACUGAAAUCCGCAGAUUCGGCAGCAGGCCGAAAUGGUGGGGAAGAAGCGGGUGAGCGCAAGCACCGUUCUCGUGGCUCACCAACGAAGACACGAAUAUCGGGACGCCCGAGGAGGAGGAAGAGCACGCUGACGCCCGAGGAGCUGCAGAAUCUCCUAGGCUUUGAGUAGUAGGUCGUGUGUCUUGACGAAUGUGCGGGUAUACGGGAGGCCUUGAUUCUGCGGGCAUGAUACUAAUGACUUUGUAUCGGUAUAAUCUAAUUCGUUGUUGGAAUGUCCAUUACGAAGGAGUGCAUGAACGAUUCAACGCAUGUCAAGGGUGUGGCGCUUAAAUAUGGAAUCCUUCAAUCGUUCGUUUCUUUGCCGCAGAUGGCUCGUCUCAUUGGGGCCUGAGGGAUUCCGACUGCUGCCUCUACGGAGAAGCUCUGGAGGAGAAGCCAUGCCAAAUUGAAAAGAAAGAUGCCGGUACGAUGCGGGCACCAGGACCAGUCAGCAAGAUGGC